UGAGCGGCGUGGAUAGUAGAGGAACUAUCCCGCUGGCCUAGCUCCUCCCCCUUGCGUCGUAACCCCUCCCCCUUACGGAAAAGGUCCCUUAGCCCACUUGAUUCUAGCAUCUACCGUGGGGAGUGGUCAAGCCGGCUCAAGGUAGCCCUAUUUCUGCCACUAUGCAGGACGCUUUUGGCUGUGCUGUGGAAAACAGAUUUUUCAAUCUCCUGGAUGAUGAUUCUGACCCCUUGGAUAUCUUGCAUCGGGCAUCAGUUGAGGCCCGUCACCGUAAAAAGAAAGAGGAGGUAGCAGCUGCCAAAAAAGCUGGUAACCAAAAAAGCAACAAGCGAGAACCUCAGAAAGACAGGAAGUUAUUAAUUGAGAGUAGCACAGAUGUCCCAGGCCAAAAACUUGCUCCAAAACAGUCCUUGCACAAAGUGAUUCAGAAUGAGAAUAAUGGUGCACAAGUGAAAACUGAAAGAGCUCAGCGUAGAACAGCUUUCAGAGAGUUCCGUCCAAAUGUCGAAAAACCUUUGGAUUACAGCAUUGACAAUUUUGAGAAAGAGAAACUGGUCAGAAAUUGGGUUGCAAACCAAAGAGGAGGAGUACGAGGAAGAGGUGGUUUUUCAAGAAACACUGAUUAUGAAAACCAAAGAGGGAAGCGAGAGUUUGAAAGGCACAGUGGUAACGAUCGUACUAGAAUAAAAGCUGAAGACAAGAGGGGUGGAAGUGGAUCUCAUAACUGGGGAUCAAUUAAAGAUGCUUUCAGGUUUCGGGUGCUGCAUGUUAACAAAGAUCUCUUUCAUAGUGAGGCUGAGGCAGCCCCUGUGGAGAACGUGGUUGGUGAGUCUAUUGACGUGACUGAGGAAGUACAAGAGGUGAAAAUUCCAGAAGAAAAUGCUGAAGAUCUCACCAGAGAAAUGUCAUUAGAUGAAUGGAAAUCUAUGCAGGACCUAAACAGACCUAAAGCUGAAUUAAAGAUCCGCAAGCCAGAAUGUGCAGUGCCUUCCAAAGCUGUGGUGAUCCAUAAAUCUAAGUUUACAAAUAAUCUAAAGGAUUAUGAAGAAGACUGCCAGUAUGGCUUGCGCAAACCGGUCAAUGAUAUAACCUUUCAGUUGGAUAUUAACUUUGGAAGCCUUCCCCGACCAGGCCGUGGGGGUAGAGGUGGAGGUGGAGGUCGUGGACGUGUACGAAGAGAAGAGGCUUUUGUGCAUGAAAUGAUUGAUGUGCAUGAAUUUAUUCUGAAUCCAGAUGAUCCUGAAGACUUCCCAGCUCUGAGUUAAAUGGACCUUCUUCAAAUGUUCUGCAUCUUCUAAUGGCACUGUUCCCACCAGAAGGGAGUGAGUUCAUGAAUGUGGGGAGAGGCAUUUUUCUGUACGAAACAAAUACUUUUUUUAAACUACAGUAUUGGCAUGUUUUGUACACGAGGGAUAUAUCUGCUUUGAAUCUGAAUGGUACUUGUACUGUAUAAUCCUGGAGAUUUAAACCUUUUAGGAUUAUAUAGGUAACAGUUUUUUACUCCAUUUUUCUUAAUUGUGGUGAUAAAAUGUGUGCGUAUAACUGUUGUAUGCAAGAUAGAGGAGAUACUGUUUUGUAUUAAUACUUGUAGAUAUAAUCUCUAGGUAUUGAAGUAUUGCUGCUUUCCCUACUUCAGUGUGAAUUAGCUUUUUAUGCCAUUAUAUUGUUGUGUUGACAUGUUUGAAAAAAAAUAAACUCAUUGUGCAGAA